GCGCGGUGGCAGCAGCGCCGACAGCUAGCGCUCGGGCGGCCGCGGUAGGCCCGAGAGGCGCGGGCCCGGCCGCCGGCCGCAUGGGGCGCAGCGCGGCCUGCGGCUCCAGGGCGGCGGCGGCGGCGUUGGCGGCGGCGUUUGAGGUGACAGCGCUCGGCUCGCUCACACCCACCCCCUUUCCGCCGUAGCCCGGCCGUAGCCCCGCCGCAGCCCCGAAGCCCGGGCCGGCGUGCUUGCCAGCGACCGCGGGAGAAACCGUAGUAGCGAGAGGGAGCGGAGAGGAGGGGACAGCUUGGCGGCAAGCAUGCAGGCGCGCCGCCUGGCCAAGCGCUCCAGCCAGGGCGGCCGCCGCGGGAGCCCGGCGCUGCACCCGCCGGGCACCGCGCCCGAGAGCGGGAGGCCGCCGCUGCCCCCGCCGCCGCCUCGGAGCACGGGGACCGGUCCCCCUCGGGCCUCCGGGGCCGCCGCGUCGCCUGUGUUGCUGCUGCUGGGCGAGGAGGACGAGGACGAGGAGGGCGUGAGCCGGCGGCGGCGGGGUCUCGGGCGGGUGCGGGAGAAGCCCCGAGGGGGAGCGGAGGAGGACGAUGACGACGACGAGGAGGACGACGAGGAGGGGGUCAUCGAGGUGGUGGACGGCGACGGCGACGACGACGAGGAGUACGGCGAAGAGCGCUUCCUGCCUCUCGGCCCGGGCCGCGCGGUCCCCAGGGGCCCAGCCCGGGGUGCGUUGAAGGUGGGGAGCAUUAAGCGGGAAAUGACCUUCACAUUUCAACCAGAGGACUUAAAACGGGACUCAAGUAAAAAAAUGUCUCAUCAGCCUUUGUUCCCCUUGGAGGAAGACAUGAAAACGGUAGACACCAAAACAGUGAACCGAGCCCUUGACCAUGACAAAGAAAACACCCGCUCCAUCUGUCUCCUGGAGCAAAAGCGAAAAGUUGUUUCUUCCAACAUUGAUGUUCCUCCAGCAAGGAAAUCCUCAGAGGAACUGGACAUGGACAAAGUGACAGCAGCAAUGGUACUAACAAGCCUGUCCACCAGCCCUUUGGUUCGAAGUCCUCCUGUGCGGCCGAAUGAGGGCCUCAGCGGAUCCUGGAAGGAGGGCGGCGCCCCGUCCAGCAGCUGCGGCAGCGGCUAUUGGAGCUGGAGUGCCCCCAGCGACCAGUCCAACCCGUCCACCCCUUCGCCGCCGCUGUCUGCUGACAGCGCCAAGCCCUUCCGCAGCCCCGCGCCCGACGACGGCAUCGACGAGGCUGAGGCCGGCAACCUGCUCUUCGACGAGCCCAUCCCCAGGAAAAGAAAGAACUCCAUGAAGGUGGUGUUCAAAUGCCUCUGGAAAAACUGUGGGAAGGUGCUGAGUACCGCAGCAGGGAUCCAGAAACACAUCCGGACCAUUCACCUCGGGCGUGUUGGGGACUCCGAUUAUAGUGAUGGUGAAGAGGACUUCUAUUACACGGAGAUCAAGCUCAACACAGACUCAAUGGCAGAUGGACUGGGUAGCCUAGCCCUGGCUUCGCCCUCCCAGUCCCUUGCUUCGCCACCUACCUUCCCCAUCCCGGAUUCAAGCCGAACAGAAACCCCUUGUGCCAAAACUGAGACUAAACUGAUGACGCCCUUGAGCCGCUCAGCCCCCACCACCCUCUACCUCGUGCAUACCGACCACGCUUACCAGGCCACACCCCCUGUGACCAUUCCAGGAUCGGCCAAGUUCGCCCCCAAUGGCAGCAGCUUUAGCAUCUCUUGGCAGUCUCCUCCAGUUACCUUCACAGGCAUUCCAGAAGCCUCGGGGAGAAGGCAAGAAGUGUCGGAAGGUGUAUGGCAUGGAGAACCGAGACCUGUGGUGCACGGCCUGCCGCUGGAAGAAGGCCUGCCAGCGCUUCCUGGACUGAGGGAGAGCAGUAAUGGGGUCAUGGCCACCCGGUCACAGCCACUGCAGUAUCACCCCACCCUCGCCUCCCACAGCAGCUUUUGGGAAAGCACUCUUCCUUCUAAACAAAACACACCUGGAGCCCAGGAAAACACUUCCAGGAACCUUAGUGGACUUACAGCAAAAAAAGAAAAGAGAAAAGGUCACACAGUCACUGAUCUGUUCGGAAUCCUGCCUAGAGCAGCUGUUACUAAUUUUCUCUGUGUGUGUGACAAGGAAAGUUAAUUUGCUUUGCUGUGUGUCUAGGUCUGAAAACUGGGCUUCCAUAGCCAUGGAAUCAGCCAAGCCCAUUUUACAUAGAAAGUAGGCUUAUUUUGAUAAGCUUUCUGAAAAAUGCCAUUUCUGGCAGGGGCGGGAGGGUUGACACACAAAAAAGCUACAUGUGAUUCUGUAGCAUUUGUACAAAGAACAAUACCCACUUUUGUGUGAGUAGUCUUUUCCCCAUUUCCAUUUGACUUCUUGGGGCAGCUCUCUGGGUAUCUUUUCCAUGUCUUUCUUGUUUGUUUGUUUUAUUUUGAAGAAUGGCCCUAAAAUGGCAGCGCUGUGGGUUUGUAGGGCCCUGGAUGGCGGAAACUUGAAAAGAGGUUGACUGAACUCACCAGCAGACUUCAGCUCCAAGCUGGGCUCAGGACAUCCAGCUGUCACCGAUGGGAAACACCUAGAAGUCUUCCCACAAUCUGUAAGAAGCCCUUCCCCAAGCAGCUCCUUCUCUGCCUGUGAAACUCAAUUGAGAACGGGUGUGUGGAGCCCUCUGGGUAAGCCUGGCGCUUCUUUCAGGGAUGUGAUAUGAACUGCAGCUGAAAUCUGUGUCACUGCUUGUCUGAGAAAGCCAUUGCCAGUUCUAUGGGUCAUUGAGCUUUCCCUCAAAACUCCUCACUGUCUAGUCUGAGAAAAGGUCAAGAACUCAAACUGUCCCUGCAGGUUUGCUUUAUACAGCAGAGCACAGCCUCUGUGUCUCCAUCUGAUCAGAAAACCACGUGAGGUCAAUGGACCAACCUCUAGUCUGAGUGCACUUGGGCAGGUUUUAUGCUUUAGCGUGUCUGGGAGAUGGGUUAAUGAAUAAUCUAAAUAUUUUAUGGGUAAAGGGAAGAUCCAAACUUAUUUUUCUUGUAAAAAUAGUGGAGCUAUUAAUUAAGAAUUGGCUCAGAAGGGAACAUAGAGAACACCAAAAGGAAAAUGCACAUCGGUAUAGGAUGCUCUUGACUUAGUAGGACAAGGCUUGUACUGUGUUCUGUUUAUUAAGCUUCCUAACCUGGUUGGUUGGUUGGUUUUUUGGUGGUAGUGGUGUGGGGAGAGAGGAAUAGCCGUCAAGCCCUUUAAAUUCCUACCCUUCUCUCGAUUGCCCUGCUAGAGAGCUAUUUCUCCUAUACCUAUGCAAAGAGGUACAAGCACCUUAUAGGAUGCACUGUUGGGACGGGAGCCUAGGAUCAGCCAUAGGACUAUUAAAGGAAAUUGCACAGAGGAAAGUUUAAUAUAUGUCUAGAGACUGUAUAUACACCUUUGUUUAAAGAGCAGAAAGAAGUCAUCUAGUGAUAACAGAUUAUAUAUAUACACGUGUGUGUGUGUGUGUGUAUACACAUAUAUAUAUAUGGUUCUGUAAUGUAAUAUCCACAAUCUACAUUGUUAUAUUUUGGCAACUUGAUUUUUUAAAAUUCUCAUCUGACUUUUUAAACAUUAUUCCCUAGAACAGAUCCUAUUUUGCUCCUUCAUUUAUUUUUUAUUUAAAAACACUUAUUCCAAGAAAAUAGAAAAAGAGCUUUAUUUAAUUUCACAUCACGAUGCUCUGUUAGCAUUCACCAUGGCAUCAGCUGUCAUGUAUGUUUAGUAUUUAUGAGGUCAGCCAAGAAAGGGUAUUCCUUUUAAGUAGAGAGAUGUUUUUGCAUCCUCUACCCUAGCAGGCCUUUUCUCCUCCCUGGUGACCUGUCACUUCACCUGUAGGCACUGUCUGUCUGCUGUGAGAUGGUGCUUUGGCCAGGUACAGGGCCCUGAGCUGUAGGGGGAGUGCCCAGUGAGUCCAGGGCUGAUCACCUAUUUGAGCAGGUUCACCAUGUACUUAAAAGGUGGUUGGGCUACAACCCUGGAGCAGAUUUUUUUCUCUUCAGCAGAGCUCACUGGCUCUUGAUCCUUGGAUUAAAUCACUAAUCAAAAAUGAUUAUCAUGAUGAGGGGCUAAAUUUAUCCCCCCAACACACAGAGAACUUUUGGACAUAGGAAGGAGAGACUUUUGCUGUGGAACAACCUUUGGACCAGGCUCUGGCUCUCCUGCAGAGACAUGGGACACGAAUAGUUCUGAACUCUAGCCUGGAUUUUAGCCAAAUGCACCAGUAGGAGCAGAACGUAGAGCUGCAUGUCCUUCCCUGGGGGUUCUUUGCCUUUCUAACAACUUCUUUACACAUACCCUCCCAAGUCUCCUGCCACAUGGGGGCUCCUCCCUAACCAUACAGACACCCCUUCCCUGUACAAAGGCACAUGAUAAUGAGGGGGCCACCAAGCUUCACCUGGCUGACCUUGAAAAAAGGAAUUCAAUUUCUUAAAGGCCUCCUAGCAAGUUAUGAAUUGCAAUAUACAACACUGAUUGUAAAAGCUAAAUUUUAAAAAUGUAGAGCUAUUUUGUUAUACUUUGGACUAAACAAAGUGCCAAAUUAAGCCCAGCAUUCAUUUAUGACAUCUCUGGGGUACCAUGUUCUUUUAUGUUCUCUCACUUGGCUGAAGGAGGAAGGUGGUGGAUGGGAAGUGGUAUCCCACAGCAUGUUGGCUGCUGACCUGGAGCCCUGUCCCUCACAGGGACCGUAGAGACCUGUCUGCAACAGGAAGGCAAUGCAGUGGGUUCUGGUCCUAAAAUAUUUCUAAGUAAGGCUCAUCAUAGCCUCAACUUUUCUCUCCCUUGAUAUUCCUUCCUUCAGAAAACAUUUCUCAUCUCUCUCCAAAGAAGACAUAUCAUAGUGAUGGACAGGUAUUGUGCAGAUAGCCGCGCAGUUAGAGAGAGAGUCAUCAGGCAGUAGCUGGAAGCCUUAGUCCAAGGCUGUCCAACAUGUGGCCCGCGGGCCGCGUGCAGCCCAGGAAGGCUAUGAAUGCAGCCCAACACAAAAUUGUAAAUUUACUUUUAAAACAUUAAGAUUUUGUUUGUGUGAUUACAUGUCACAAUGUAUUUAAUGUGUGGCCUAAGACAACUCUUCUUCUUCAAUGUGGCCCAGGGACACCAAAAAGGUUGGACACUCCUAACCUUAGUCCUUCCCAGGGGACGUGCACCCAAGUUGUGGGAGGCAGUAUGACAACUUGGAGAAAGUAGCAAGAGGGUAGAAGACGUAAGAAUAAACACAAGAGGCCCGUGGGCACCAGGCUCCCACCGCUUAGUGCUGACCAGCCACUGGUGGCUGUCCUUGGGCCACUCUGCGGGAGCAGCCAACUGGAGCAGGCAGGAAGUACCCUGAUGAGGCCGGUGUCCACACCUGUGAGAACAGCCCACUGCCUCCUUCAGCAGACUUCCUUGGAAAUGAAAGCACAGCUUUCACUUGAGAAUGUUUAGAGAAAAGUGGGAAGACUUGUACAUUUAGGAGAGGAUGCCUUGAGAAUAGUAGCAAGAUACUAUAAAUAAUAUUCAUUUCCUCAGGGAAAAUUAAAGGGCAUGUGAAAAAUAGAACUGGAGGAGCUUAAGAUUAGAAAGACUUAUUAUCUCUGGAGUCUACUAGUCAGAAAAGUGUUUGUUCUUUUGUUUUUUUGUUUUUUUCGUGAACAUGAUGUUAUUUCAAGAACAAAGUUACAUGAACUGCACAGGACCAACUUUUUUGAGGCUGGGGGAUGCUGUAUAGAAGAGCUGAUUUUCUGUGGCUGAGCUGUGGUCAAAGGAUGGUGUGUGGACCACAGGCACCAUCCUGGGUUUGUGUCCACAGGCACAUAGAAGACUUUCUAAGAAUGUAAUUGUGAAUAUGUAGCCUUGACAUUCCUUUCUCUCCUCACUGGUGGGAUGACUAGUUCUUAGCUAUGAGCAGAAGCCCCUAGGGGAAGGCUGUGAUAGGAAGUUAAAGGAGCAAACCUCCAUGGACUUUUCUGGGCAAGGUGCUUUUUCUCAUGACCCUUUAGAAUUUCUCUUGACCAUGUAGCAGUGACCUGGGUGUGCACAAAGAAUCUGCGCACACAAAUGAGUGUAAACAUGGCAGGAUUCAAGGGUAUGGGUAGGGGUGUGGAACAUUUUGGAGAAGGGGCAACUGCAAAUUUCAUUUCUCUAAGAAAAUAACCCUCCUAGCCAUGGAUACACACACUCUUCCUGCUCCUUAUACCUUUGGGGAUCCUCUCUGUGGGGCUCCUCCAUAUGGAAACUGUUUCUUUAGUCUUUUUCCAUUGUAACUAGUUGAACCACAAGUCAGAAAAUAAAAUGCGAUCAGCACUUUGCGAUACCAGUUGUAUCGCCAGUCCAGCAAAAAAGUAUAAGACAUAUUUCAUUGCAACGGACUUUGAGCCCAUAUCCAAUGGUCUAGGUUAGGGGUCCCCUGGGCAUGGACUGGUACCCUUCUGUGGCCUAUUAGAAACAGGGCUAUAAGAUAAGCUCACCUGAGCUCCACUUCCUGUCCCCUGUCCUCAACUCCCCACUUUCCACACUCCCGUCCAUGGAAAAACUGGUCUCUGGUGCCAAAAAGCUUGUGGACUGCUGGUCUAGAUCAGUAAUUUUCAACAUUUUUCAUCCCAUGGAACACAUACACUAAUUACUACAAUUUUGUGGCACACCAAAAAUAUAUUACAUUUUUUGCCGUUAUGAAAAAAAAGUGGUAUAAUUUUGAUUCAUUCACACCAGAUGCCUAUUGUUGUGUUGGCUGUUGUCAUUUUUUUAUUUGACAGUCUAACAGAGAAGAGGUCAGUGCCCCUAACUAAAUAGUAAGGUACUGCAUGUUUUAAAAAUUCUUGCAACACACUGGUUGAAAAUUGCUGGUCUAGAUGCUUUAAAAGGUGUAUCUAUCAUAGGACCAGCAUUCAAAGUGGGAGUUUUACUUGUGGUCUUGAUUGUAAAUAGUUCCUUUUUUUUAAGACAAUCUCAUAUUUUAUAACUUCUCUUGUGCGUUUGAGAAUCACAAUGGUAAUGUAUUGUACUGAAAUGUAAUCCGAAAUACAAUAACAAUUACAACUUAAUUUUCCAAAUAAGAAGAGAAAUACACUGCUAGGCUUCUACAAUUCUAAGAGACAUACCACUUUUAUAAUAAGUAUUAGUACUUAAUUUCUCAAGUUAAUAGAACUAGAGAUAUUUUAUGAGAUGCAGUGUUUUGUAAUCACAAAGAACAUGAACAUUUUGUGGGAAAUGACCUUGGUUUUAUACAUUGUAGCUUAUUUUUUAAAAAACAGUAUUUUAUCAGACAAGAAGUGUUAAUAUUAUAAGCAAUUCUUGCUCUCCAAACAAAGGGCUAUGUCUCUUUUAAGCAAGUGUUUCGAUGCAUAUCUUUUCAGUUAACCCUCUGCAGCGGAGGGUAGAAAUGUAGAUCAGAUGGAAAGAUUAAUACCAGAGAAUCAAGAUGACAACAGCUACUCCUUUUAUCAUUAACAGUGUGUUUUCAAAGUAUUGUGGGGGGAAAAGACACUUUAAGAAUCAUCCUAUGUAUCUUAAGUCUAAAAAGUAUUAAUAGACAUGCUUAUAGACAAUGGGAGAAAUACUCUUGUAAAUUUUUUAGUGUAAAACAAUAGAUUCUGCCACACACAGAAGCUUACCAGUCAACCUACCAGAACCACAAACCUGCAUUUAACUAGCAAGUAUCAUUUGGUAGAAAUUUCUAAAAUUCUACAAUGUAAGCCCAAAGGUAGAAUUCUUAGGUGAUUGGUGAUGUUUAAAAUAAUUUUCUCUUCAGCACCAACUAAACUUUCAUUUCCUUAUCAGAUCAAGCAAUUGAUUUUUUUAGAGAAGAAUUCAGACACACCAGGUUGGGAUCAGAAAGUCACAGUAUUCCCAGGAGCUGGGAAAUGAGGAAGGCAUCCAUGUAGAGUUUAUUAACUGCACAAUAAUUUUGAGCUUUUCCACACCAUUCACAGUGCUGUAGUUGUUAGUUUGUUUGUUUUUAAUCCCACUCACUGUUAAAGCAAGAAAGUAUCUUGUCUUUCUAAGAUUUCAUUCAUUCAAAAGCUGGACCCAUUAGCAGGUAUGCAGAUAACAUCAAAAGAAAAGCUGAGAUAGAAUGGUCACAUACCCAUUAAGCAACUCCUGUGAGAUGGUCAGAGGGUCACUCAGACCUUGCUUUCAGGUGGGCUUUAGAAUCUGUACACAUGAGGACUAGAAAUGCGUGGAGUUAGGGGAGGACUGUAAACCUCGUCUCCUGGUCCUUGAGAUGAGCCAGUCUAAAAAUCUCUGUCCCUUCCCCUGGAAUAUCUCUGUUGUUAGCAUUAAAGUUCCCAAGAAACAUUCCUUGCUGAAUGGUUUUGAACCAAGUGAGUCUUGCUUCAUUUUUAAGUAGAAGCUUUCUAAUGAGCAGACACAUUAGAAGGGCCAGGCAAGUUGUGAAUGAAUGAUUCAGAUCGGGCAAAAGAUGGGCACUAGAGAACGGUGGCGAUCAUGGUAAACGAGAAAAAACACAUCCCCUCUGAAGGGGAGGCCCAGCCGUAUACAGUUGGAACUUUGCAGAAAUCAGGCCCAGGGUGGCUUGACCUUCUGAUUUGGAAAUGAUUUUACCUGACAUUUAAGUGUUGACAAGUAACUCCGAUUCUUGGCCAGCACUGUGCAGACCAAAUGAACCUGUACGCGGGCAGAUACAGCCUCUGACCACCAGAUCCAGCUGUUGGGGAGCACAAAGUUCACAUUCCACAGCCAUCAGUCAAGUUCCUCCAUCAGCCCUCUCCCCUGCCACACACACACCUUGGCACUAUCAAGACAACUAAAGUCAAGGAAGGGAAAGAGGUCAGUUCUCCCCAGAAAUCAUUCUCAUGGAAGACUUGAAUAUAGAAAUAUAAUGUCCUUUAACUAGCCUUGCCUCUGAUCAAAACAUACUGAAGUCUUCCCCAGCUCUCGCCCUGCUUUCUUGUGGUAUGCCCAGGCCAUGCCCCAGAGCGUGGAAUAACUGUAAUCCUAACUUCCUUAGUGUUUUCGCUGCCGUGAUCACUGUGAUGAGGGGCUGGCAAGGAGCAGCCUUGUGCCUUCAGAGAAGGCAGCUGGGAGCCCCCAGAGUUUAAGACAGCACAUGCAGCCACCUUGUGCUGAAGCCCUUUGCCAGCCCCUCCACACUCCUUUCCCCUCCUUCCUGCCUUGUGACUUUUUGUCCCAGGGUUUCACCUCUAAUAUGGCAAAAUCCUCGCUUAAAAACUGGUACUUACUUGGUUAUUUUAGAGUGCCCACUGACCUCAGAAUGGAAUUUUUCCACACAGAAAUCUAUAGCAUCUUUAUUUGAGGAUGAAUACAAAAUAGGAAUAAAUGUGUUACUGGAAAAAUUAGAUGGCACUUCCUUCAUUUGGAUGGAUGGACUAAAGGAUUUUAGGCCAUAUCUUCUACCAGAAUCCUGACGGUGGUGAGACAAUCACAUUUAUAAUAAAGUACGUCUCUUUCAGAUUCAUUGUGUUAUUUAAACUUCCUAAGAACCAAGUGGAGAAAAGGGAUAUGUAGGGUCGCCAUCACCCACCUCCAAGGCUAACCUGGAGUGAUCUUGAAUCUGGGACUCAGCCUUGUGCCUUCCUGCAAGUUCAAGGGCAAGGGCUAAAUAAAGCUCAGACUUUACUCUUCCAGGACAAACCCAGACCUGAGAAAACCCAGUGACCCACCAUGUUCUCAACCCAUUCUUCCAAUCCAGUUUUCUCAGCAUAGAAGAGCCCAUUCACUCAUGUUGUCAAAUACAAACAAAUCAUCUCCAAAUGAAAACUAAGGAAGCACCAUGCUGCAUUCCCUAAGUUCCAACCAUGUAAGUAGUCAUUAUAGGAGUUGAUUAGCUAACACAAGUAACAGUUUAGACUCCUUGGGAAAAGCUAUUUUACUACUAACAUUCAACAUUCAUUAUCCAUGUAAACUUAAAUUGAUGCCAAGAAAUUUUAAAACAGCUCAGAUUUAUAAUGUGUAGGGACCCCAUCAAAAAGUACUAUUAACUCCAAGUUGGAAACAUCGGGGAAUCUGGUUAAGUCAUGUUUAAAUAUGAAUGCAAUUUAAAAAGCUCCGGUGAUGCCUGAGAUUUCUGUAACUAUGAGGGGUGCCGAGGUGGUCUGAUACCUGAAUGGAUUUCAUGCCACCCGUCUCCAUUAGUUUACCAGGUCUCACAUCCAGGAUAGACACUCACAGGGAACUAGAAAAGACCAAAACCAUUCUGGCCCACCUCCUACAGCAUUAACAGGCUUUUCGAUACAUGUUUCUAAAGCAAUAAUACAGAGCUGGAGCAGGACACAGGGGAGCCCUUUCCUCCUCUGCUGGAAAAGAAGCCUGUUGUGCAGUGGGUGGCAGCAGUGCUAUGACAAUGGCAGGACUUAGAGGGACACAAGCUGUAGGGAACAAGAAAAAAGCUACUCCUCUGAAAGGGGAUAAUGAUGUACCUGAAAGAAGGUGGAAAUCAUGAACUCAAUGCUUAAAUUGUAGUCCUUGUUUUUUAAAAAUAUUCUUUUAUAUUGGAUGCCAUCCAUAUAUUUAACUGCCACCAUCCAAAGAAAAGAUUGCCUUCAUUUGUAUUAUGAAACUGUUAAAAAUUAAUUCUCAAGUCUACUUAACUACAGGUCUCCCCCACUGUCCAAAGGUAGAGUGAGCUUAUGAAACUUUUUAUAAACUGAAUCAGUAAUGUGAAGCCCUAUGUUAGAGUAAGGUGAUGGCUUUUUUUCUCAAAAACAAAAACCCUCUUUGGAUUUCUUUUGAUCAGCAAAAACAGGUGUCAAUGUAAGGGCUUUUGUAAAAACCAAGUGGCCAAAGGCAAACUUUUGAAAUUGGGGGUGAGGAGGCAUGUGUAUUACAUUCACUUAGAGAGUGAUUCCCCAAAUUUUUAAUUCAGAAAAUUAGCAAGAGUACAAAGUAGCACCUCCUGGUGAAGGCAAAGUGAGUUGUCAUGAAAAAGCAAACUUCUCUUAAAAAUAAAAAAGAGCUGCUCGUCUAUUUUCUUAUGCAUUCUCUCUGUACCUCUAACUAAAGAGGAAAACCAGCACUCAGAAGUUAAGCUUUGAGAACAGAGAACAGUACCCAUCCUGGCAGCCACCCUGUAUUCACUGGUGACACAUCCCUCUGUUAUUGUGCUGUUAUUACAUAUGCUCCUUUUCCAAAGUCCCAGAUUACACAUUUUGCUUCUGGGCUGCUGAUGUCUCACUCUUAAAUAAGAUCCAAAGGGACAAAAGUCAUCGUGACUGGUUUGUUAGUCUCAGUCCGUGAGGCCACCCCUUCCUUGGGGGAAUAAUUCCCACCUGUCUGAGCAGUUUUGGGAGUACACCCAGAGAGCAGGGUCGGUCAGCACACAGCCCACCACACUCAUCACAGGAGACUCCAAGUCACUGAUAAAGGCCAGGCAGGUAUCUAGUCCUUUCACUCUGACUCAGAGCCCCAUGCAAGUCCCUUACUGCCAGCCCCUUGCAUGUGGAUCAGGAGUGGAGGAAGGGCAAAGGGAGUGAGCUUCACCUUUAUUGCCCCACGCCUCACUUUGCCCACCUUACACAGCAUGGAAAUGGAAGUGUUUUUAAAAAUGUGGAAAGGAAGUGGCUCCUGCCAGGUGUCAUUGUUUUAAUUUUAUAUUCAUAGAUCUAGAAAGCAACGGCUCCAAUCCAUUCACAUGGUGAAGCCCUUGUCCCUUAUCACGGUGCAGCCUCCCUCCCAUGCUUUGAGCACAGGUCAAGGGAGAGAGAGAGAAGAGGAAGAACUCUGGGGCCAAUACCUUCUGCUAGAGUUAAAAUGACCCUCCAGGAUCAAUGGUGUAGCUUCAUCAUAAACUACCGCCACCCCACCCCAAAAUAAGGAUGGAUCUCCUACAGAUUACAAAUACUUGCUUUGUUCUUUAAACAUUUUUUGCUAGACUCUGCUAAUUGGAAAUCAAUGACUGUGAUUUGACCAAGCCCUGUGAUGAUAGGAAAGUCCCUUCUUCUGAAGUCUCCCAAAUGUUUGGGGAACCUUCCUGAACACUGGUAGGAAGCUUUAGAAUAGAGUUAGAUUUUUAGGGAAGAGCGCAAUACACCCAAAUACACUUGUGACUCCAAUAACUGAAAAUGCCCUGGGUGUAAAAUAACCCAGGAAUGUCGAUGAUAUAUGUAAAAAUAAAAAUGCCAUUUAUCAAUAUUUUCCUACAAUACACCCUAAAAUUCCUAUUUUUGUAAUUAAUGGUUAGACGAUGGUCAGCGUUUUGAACAUAUGCUCUCUGGAAUAACCAGAGACUAGUAUAGUUUCCAAAGCAUUUUGUGUAUCAAAAUCUAUAUACUUAGAAGAACUCAGGAUAAGAAGAAAUUGCUAGGUCCCAAAGGGUUCAGGACUAUCAUCAAAUGCAAAAGCUGAGUGGCCUACAGUCAUCUUCUUCAAAUGAGGGGCUGGGGAGUGAGGGAAACAGCAGUUAUCACAAAACCUCUGUUGCCCUUAGCUCAUGAUAAAGUUAAAAAGAAGUCUACUUUUAAAAAUUAAGCCAUCUUUCAAAUUGUUUUCUAUACCAAAUCUAAACUAUUGAAAUGAAAUUCUAAAGCAUCUUUAAUGGUGUUGUUAGUGGAAAUGCUGUCAGUAGGAAACACUGCUUUUUAGUGCCUGCUAAACAAGCAGAGGAGAAAGACAGACUGAAGAGAAAGAAGGGUUCUUCCUAUAUGACGCUAACCUUCAAAUGACAGCCAUUAGCUUGUAAUUGAGCACUAAUUCAAAAGCAAUGUGGCAAUGCUAUCCAAUUUCUAGAGAUCUUUUGAAAUACACUUUUAGCCACCAUUUGGAGGUAAGUGCUUACAAAGGUUGUUAAUGUUAAUAAAUGAAUGUAUAAAGUUACAAACUAUGCAUUUUCAAAGAGUAAUGUUCAUUUUGUGUCAAACCCAAGUAAAUUCUUUUCGUAGAGACUUAUCACAGCCACAAAUUAUUCAAGAUAAACUUGAAUGCAUGUUAUUAUGGGAAGGUGGGACUGCCAUCUAUAUUCUUCUAGCUGAUAUUUCUAAAGGCAGUGCAUUGAAAUUUCAGGCUCUAAACAAAUUCAGCCAUUAAGGUGAAUUAAUAGGAAAUGGUUUAUAUUUUAUUUCUUAAACAGAAAAAGGACAUGUUGGCUGUUGCAAGAUGUGCCCAGUUCUUUAGGGGUACGUGUUCUAGUAACAUUGGAUUAACAACCAAACAAAAUUGCAUAGAGUUAAUUAGGGUCACAUUGGAUAAAUACAAUGUGGGUUGUAUCUAGUGUGUUUAAUUCUCUAUCUAAGAAAAAAAUUAUUAUUCAAAGGCUUUGGGUUGUAUAGUUUCAAAGAACAAAAUAUAAAAAUAGAAUAUUGUCAUUUGGGGUGGUGAACACAAUACAAUAUACAGAUGAUGUGUUACAGAAUGGUACACCUGAAACCUUUAAUUAUAUUAACUAAUAUCACCCCAAUAAAUUCAAUAAAAAAUGAAAAAAUAAAAUAAAAUAUUUCCUAGCAAAGCAAAUUACUGAUCUUUUUUUCAAAAUUACAUGGAGAUGAUUACUUAUUUGGGGGGAGGACAUUUAUAUGGAAUAUACACAUGUUUCUUCACCCCUAUGUUGAUUUUGUAUCUUCAUGAAAACUUUUCCACUAAUAAUUGAUCUUUGCUCCUUAAUCAAUGCUGUAUUACAUUACAUGACAUGAAAAAACAGUCCUUUCCUUCAUCUGACAAUGUGGAAAUAGAGAAAUCCGUUACUCUACAGUCUAUUUCCUUCUGUGUUCACUGAGAAUGUUUCUCAACUGUUUGUAUGUAAAAUAUUGGGAAACACACUUGUAGACCUGGUACUUAUGUUUGGUUAUAUAGGUAUGUUUGCUACCCAUUUAGAAGUCUUGCAGGAUGUCUUUUUAUAUUAUUUUUAGCCAAAUUCAAAUGUUCUGAUGCUACAUUUCUGAAUACCUAGCCAACUGUAAAUAUAGCCUGUGGAGGUUCAGGUUCAUACACCUUUUAGUGACUGUUCCUCAGCCAUGCUCCUGGCCAGCUUUUGGCACAUUGUACAUAGAUUUGUCAAAUGUUUAAAUGAUGUUGUUUUUCUAAAUGCUGUUCUCCGAAACAAGUUUUUUGAUUUU